GCGGGCUGCCGGGAGCUGGUACUCCGAGCGGGAGGCAGAGGCGCGGCGGGAGUGAGCGCCUGGGGCCCGGCCCGGUGGCCGGCGCGGCCUGCCCUUUGUGCCCGCAGCCCGCGCCCGCGCCCAGGGCCGCCGCGCCGGGGCUUCCCGGCCGCGCGCGCCCGCCCGCGCAUCCACCCUCGCGCCUGGGAUGCGCCGGGGAUGCGCCCCCGCCGGCCCUGCGGCUCCUUGCGGCUGGGCGCGGGGCGAUGGACGUGGGCAUGAAGAAGUUCACCGUGCGCAGGUUCUUCUCGGUGUACCUGCGCAAGAAGUCGCGCUCCAAGAGCUCCAGCCUGGGCCGGCUCGAGGAAGAAGCCAUCGUGAAGGAGAUCGACAUCAGUCAUCAUGUGAAGGAAGGAUUUGAGAAGGCAGACCCUUCCCAGUUUGAACUGCUAAAGGUGUUAGGACAAGGAUCCUACGGGAAGGUGUUCCUUGUGAGGAAGGUCACAGGAUCUGAUGCUGGCCAGCUCUACGCAAUGAAGGUCCUUAAGAAAGCCACUUUGAAAGUUCGGGACCGAGUCAGAUCCAAGAUGGAGAGAGACAUCCUGGCAGAAGUGAAUCACCCUUUCAUCGUCAGGCUGCACUACGCCUUCCAGACCGAAGGGAAACUCUACCUGAUCCUGGACUUCCUGCGGGGAGGCGACCUCUUUACCAGGCUGUCCAAAGAGGUCAUGUUCACGGAGGAGGACGUCAAGUUCUACUUGGCUGAGCUCGCGUUGGCUCUAGACCACCUUCAUGGCCUGGGGAUCAUCUACAGAGACCUGAAGCCCGAAAACAUCCUCCUGGAUGAAGAGGGACACAUUAAGAUCACAGAUUUUGGCCUGAGCAAGGAGGCCAUCGACCAUGACAAGAGAGCCUAUUCGUUUUGUGGAACAAUAGAAUACAUGGCCCCUGAGGUGGUGAACCGACGAGGACACACGCAGAGCGCUGACUGGUGGUCCUUUGGCGUGCUCAUGUUUGAGAUGCUUACGGGGUCCCUGCCAUUCCAAGGGAAGGACAGGAAGGAGACGAUGGCCCUCAUCCUCAAAGCCAAGCUGGGGAUGCCUCAGUUCCUCAGCGCUGAGGCUCAGAGUCUGCUGAGAGCACUUUUCAAACGGAACCCCUGCAACCGCCUGGGUGCUGGCAUUGACGGAGUGGAGGAGAUUAAGCGUCAUCCUUUCUUUGUCACCAUAGACUGGAAUAAGCUGUACCGGAAGGAGAUCAAGCCGCCCUUUAAGCCAGCAGUGGGCAGGCCCGAGGACACCUUCCACUUCGACCCUGAGUUCACUGCACGGACGCCCACAGACUCUCCUGGCGUCCCCCCGAGUGCCAACGCUCAUCACCUGUUCAGAGGAUUCAGUUUUGUGGCCUCAAGCCUGGUCCAGGAGCCCUUGCAGCCAGAACUGCACAAAGCCUCAGUUCACCCGAUUGUGCAGCAGUUACACGGGAACAACAUCCACUUCACCGAUGGCUAUGAGAUCAAGGAGGACAUCGGGGUGGGCUCUUACUCCGUGUGCAAGCGGUGUGUGCACAAAGCCACGGAUGCAGAGUAUGCUGUGAAGAUCAUCGACAAGAGUAAGAGAGACCCUUCUGAGGAGAUCGAGAUCCUCCUGCGGUAUGGCCAGCACCCAAAUAUCAUCACCCUCAAAGACGUCUAUGACGAUGGUAAAUAUGUGUACCUGGUGACAGAGCUGAUGCGUGGCGGGGAACUUCUGGACCGCAUCCUCCGACAGCGGUGCUUCUCGGAGCGCGAGGCCAGCGAUGUGCUGUGCACCAUCACCAGGACCAUGGACUACCUGCACUCCCAGGGGGUCGUUCAUCGGGACCUGAAGCCAAGUAACAUCCUGUACAUGGAUGAGUCUGGAAACCCUGAAUCCAUCCGAAUCUGUGAUUUUGGGUUUGCCAAGCAGCUGCGAGCUGAGAACGGGCUGCUCAUGACCCCCUGCUACACGGCGAAUUUUGUGGCCCCUGAGGUCCUGAAGCGGCAAGGCUAUGACGCAGCGUGUGACGUCUGGAGCCUGGGCGUCCUCUUGUACACCAUGCUGGCCGGGUUCACCCCGUUUGCAAACGGACCAGACGACACUCCCGAGGAGAUCCUGGCCAGGAUCGGCUGCGGGAAGUACGCCCUUUCCGGGGGAAACUGGGACUCCAUAUCCGAUGCGGCCAAGGAUGUCGUGGUUAAGAUGCUCCACGUGGACCCACAGCAGCGCCUGACUGCGGUUCAAGUACUGAAGCACCCGUGGAUUGUCAACAGAGAGUACCUGUCCCAAAGUCAGCUGAGCAGACAAGAUGUCCACCUGGUGAAGGGUGCGAUGGCGGCCACUUAUUUUGCUCUGAACAGGACACCGCAGGCACCACGGCUGGAACCCGUGCUGUCAUCCAGCCUGGCUCAGCGCAGGGGCAUGAAGAGACUGACAUCCACACGGUUAUAGCAACUGAGAGGUUGCAUGCCAGCCCCUGCCCGCCAUGCCUAGUGUCCUGGAAAGUUCACAGACACCAGACGGUCUGCUCAUGGGCUCUGAGUGACCACAAGUCCAGCACGAAGGCAGAUCAGCCUUCACUGUCUCUGUGUUUCCCUUUCUGCCCUGGAGAGGGUCCUGCCGCCUGGGCACAUCUCCGAGCCUCGCCAUGCCGACCUCGCCACCCGGCCUCCUCCUUUCCUCCUGAGCGAAACCAAAUGAUCACAGUCACCUCACCGCGCCUCCUGGAGCCCCAGGUUCUCUCUGAGGCUUUGGUGUUUUCAUAUCACUGCUUAGAUGAAUAGCAAGAAAUUCUGCCCAGGUCUGAAGCCAGUGAAGUGGUCAGACUCCCAACAUAGGUGUUCCUGUUACGAUGGUGAGAAGAACGCUAGUGUCGGGGCCCUGUCAGUGACUGCAGAUCCCUUUAGAAGGGCCAGGUGUGCCUGGACAUUCCGGUGUCUCUAGCAGCCACAUGGCAGGGCUGGCAUUGGGGGGUCCUGCCAUAGAUCAUUCAAAGAGUGUCCCUCCCCACCCUCUGGUUUGCAAGUGGGGUGCUGGAUAGACGACUCCUGUCCCUGGCACUAACGUGAUAGGAGGUAAAAGCCCACCCAUGAGUCAGAACAGCUGUGUUUCUGCCGUGAGAGUCCCUUUCACAGGGGUGGAGAAAGAAGCCCAGAGCAGGGGCCACCAAGGCUGCAAGACUGGGCUGAGCUGCUCUGUCCUCUGGCCCUCUGGCCACAGAGACACUAGAGCCUCUCCAGAGAGCCUGGACCCUGCUGCUGGCCAGGUGCCUAUCAUCUCUCAGCCCAACAGGGGCCUGGAGGGAGGCGCAAGCCACUCUGGCCCUUCCACAGGUGGGAGGGUGUGGGAUGCCAUGUCAAAAGUACUGAUGCACUGUGUACAAGCUGUGGUUUUGUGUUCCUGUCACAUAGAUCUGUUUUGAAAGUGACAUUUUAGGGAUACCCUGGGCAUGGCACGCACAGGAGGGUCGUGGCUCACAGCGGAGGGUCGUGGCUCACAGCAGACUGUGCACUCCUUGUGUGGCAGAACUGAGCAAAAACCUUCCAUAGCGACAGGCUUGGUCCUGGCUGUCACUGUGACUUGUAUGCUUCAGCCCCCUUAAAGACCAAGGAUGCACUCCCAGCCUGUCCCUCAGGCCAGGGUACGCACCUACAACUCACUACCCGUCCACUGAGGAGCAGCCCUCUCUGUUCCCAGUGGGGCUUGGGAGGCUCCUGUGAGUGACACCAGACUUUCGAUAGGGAGACCACAGAUAAUUAAUUUAUUAUUUCUUUUUCCCCCAUCUUGAGUCACUCUAGGGUCCAAACCCCUUCGCCCCCCAAGAAAAGUGUCACAUUUUGGAAAAUAAGUCCUUAGCCUUGUCUAAUUGUUCUGAUCUUAAAAUAUAACUUAUUUCACAAGCUUCAAUUGUUUUAUGAGGCUUUUUCUUUUUUUUAGAGAACCACAAAAAAAUAAAAGGUGGGGAUAUAUUCCCUACUGUUCCCUGUGCUCGUUGACAUUUUUCAUAUUUUCUCAAUGGAAAAUGCUUUUUCCCAAGGCUGAAGUCAAAUGCCCCGACAUUUUUGUGUUGAGGUCUGAAUUCUUUCAUUUCUUAUUGAAACUUGAAAGAAAGUAAAUAGUCCCUUAGGCCACAGAUCCUGUCCUCCUACAAAUGUGCAGAAGUCUGCUGGGGAUGGUGGUUCAUGCCUGUAAUCCAGCACUGCUCAGGGGGAGGCAGGAGGAGGAGUAGAGAGUUCUAGGCCAACCUGAGCUGCUUAGCAAGACCUUGCCUCAAAAACCAAAGGGCUGUGGAUGUAGCUCAGUGCAGAGUGCUUGCCCAGCAUGGACUAGGUCCUGGGUUUGGUCCUCAGCAAUGCAAGGAAAGAAAUGAGCACAAUGCCCUGGGUUCAAAACCAAGUACCACCAGGAAAAAAAUAAAUGACAGAUGUCAUUAAGUCCUUUGUGGGCCUCAUGCCAUCGAUCUGCCAGCCUGUGGCCUGGGUUGGGCUGUGUGUUGGCUGCUGGCUCCAAGCCUGACAGAAGCAAAGGUGGCGGCCAGGCGUGGACGUGGGCAGAGGGGCGCUGUGUGCUCACAGAGCCCACUCACCACCUUCGUAACGCCAUUACACGCCUUAUGUCUGAGCCCUAGCUCGCCAAAGGGACCGACGGCACAUCACUGCAAGCUGUCAUUGAUGUGUCUGAUGUGUGUCUGCAGAGGAUGCGAAUCUGUAAAUCCCUCGGCUUUCCCACCUUCCCUAAACAGCCUGACACUUGAAAUCCUUCCGUAGAAAGCCUGGAGGGGCGCUGAUGGGUUCUGUUAAAGCCUACUUUUAAAACCCUCAAGUGAAAUGCAGGUGACUGGUGGUUAAAGAGCGGUCGGUGUGUAACUGAAGGUGGCACUACAAGGCUUGUGUCACCAGUCCUAUGUACCUCUCCUCAUAAUGAAAGGCUCCUUGUGCUUUGCACAAAUGACAUAGACUUCCCUGAAGUUCCCUGGCUCUCCCUGCUCCCAGAGCCCCAGAGCCCCUGCAUCACGGAACCCACAGAAUGUGUCAUGGAAGACCCAGCCUGCCUCCCAGGCUUCCUAACCCAGCGCCCAGUGGCCCCACUGGGGCCACCAUGUAGGCCAUCCCUAUUUGGAAAAAUACCUGAGUCUCCCCACCAGUGGAAAGCCCUGCCCAUCCCACCCCCAAAGUCACACGUGGGCCAGACGCAAGGGUUUCGCUUUUAUCCUAAGGUCAGAUUUGUAUGUGAUUUUAAACUGUGUGUAGAUGUUUGGAAGAUUGUGUGUCUUUUAAGUGGCAAUAGUACUUACUGUUAGCCAGUGUUGUCAUUAAAUGGUGUUACUCCUGAGGACGCCAUGGGGUUUUUACCUUAGGCUUUACUGACUCUCUCAAGCACGUGACACCUGCUCCGCACUUUGUUCUCUUUCUGACACGUUUUCUUGUCCCUCACCUUUCCAAGAGUUGUAAAAAUCCCAGCGUGGAAAAGAAUGCAGGGCCCUGAGGGCAUGGAAAGGCAGCAGGUGCAGCUCAGCGUGGCCUGGCCGGGCUCCCAAGGGGACUCCUGGCAUCCUGCUGUCUGCAUGGGGCUCGCUCCUCCCCGCUCCUCUGCUCCAUUAGUUGUGUUUACAACCCUCAUGUCACGCUCCACCCUCGUGUUUGAGGCGGGCACUCACUGUACAGACGUUUAUUAUGCUUUCCACACUUUCCCAAGAGAUUUUUUGAAUAAACAUGGAUUUUAUGAAGUGUAAUUAUUUUUCUAGCAUAACCAGAACCUCUGCACUUUCUAUGUUGUUUGGUAAAAGUCCACGGAUCGGCGGCUCACUCCUCCCUUCCUGC